AUGUCUCUUCAUGAAGAUUAUAACAAAUUAAUUAUAAAUUUAGUAAAGAAUCAUAACUUAUUGGGUCUUGCUGAAUUAAUGAUAAACAAUACGACAUUUUUUAAUGAAUCUGCUCAAGACCAAAAACAAGCAUUAAUACAACUUAUUCCUUUAGUUCAAAAUAAUAAUUUAUCUUCAUUGUGUGCUUGUGGAAUACAUUGUGUCAUUAAUCAAAACGUAGAUUAUAAUACAAUUUCUGAAAUACUUCAUUCAGCAACAUCAGAACAUUUAUUUGAAAAAUCAGAGUAUCAUUCUAUCUUUCGUUUAGUAUUAAAAGGAUUAAUCGAUGGAAUACAAUCAAAGUCAUUAACUGAAUCAAAUGUAUUAAUGACAUUAACUCCAAUUCUUCUUUUUCUUAGUAAUGAUAUUCAACCAUUACACUUAACAUCUACUGAAGUACUUGUUGCAGCAUGGAAAAAAUAUCCAUCAUUAAUUCCUCAAAUUGUUCAAGAUAUUUGUAUUGCACUUUCAACUUCUACAGCACCUCGUUCUAAGUCUGUAGUUAGUUGUGAGUGUGUUCCAUUGGAUGCAGCAUUAAUUAUUGCAUUACAAUGUAAUGGUGACAUAAAACAAACAACAGCACUAGGUACACAAUUUAUUCGUAGUUUUUUUGGUGCAUUACAAUCAACAGCAUCUCCAUCAUUAUUAAAUACAUUCACACUUGAUUUAAUUUCUCUUUCAUCAACAGUAGAAUUUCCGUCAGCAUUAUUAAUACUUCAAUUGUUAAUUAAUGUAUUGUUAAAUCAAUUAGUUCAUAAUAAUUUCAAUUCAGCAGUGAGAAAUAUUGGAAUAGAUGUUCUUUCACAAAUUUGUUGUUUCUUUACUCAACCAACAGUCUCUUUUAUUGAUUCAAAAAAGAUGCAAGAAGUAUGUAAUAGUUGUGGAUGUGAUUUUGUUCAAACAGAAGCAGUUCAAUGGUCAUUAGUACCACAAGGAAUGUGUGGGAAAUGUUAUGUAAAAGAUUUAAUAAAUGAUUUUUGGAAAAGACUUACUGGAAGACAAAUUGAUGAAACAUGGUUUAUUAGAGAAAUAAUACUUGCACGUGCAUCUGUUACUACACCUGAAGCAUAUAAAGUGUUGUGUAGUAUUUUUGAACGAAUGAUUGAUCCUGAAGAUGAAAAAAAUAAACAAAUUAUUGAAACACAAAUUGGGUGGGAAGAACCAGCAAGUCAUUUUAUUAUUGGAGGAGUAUCAAUACCUGAAAGUAUUAAUAAAUUUAUUCCAUUUGAUAGAUAUUCUUAUCUUUCUAUAAUAAUACCAGAAUUUAAAACUAUAUCAGAAAUGUGUAUUAAUUGUUUAUUAAAAAUGACUACUGACUCACAAGCAUUAGUUCGUUCUCGUUCAUUAAAAGGAAUACUUAGUCUAAUUAAACUUUCAGAAAACAUUUGUAAAAGAAAUAUUGUUCAAAAAUUAAUUAUAUCAAGACUUAGAGAUAAAGCUGCUUCAGUUAGAGAAAGUGCAUUAGACUUAAUUGCAACACAAUUAGAAACUAAAGAAGUUAAUGAUGUUGUUGAUAGAUUAUUUGAUAUUUCAGUAUCAGUAAGGAAGAAGGCAGUUAAAAUAGUAUUACAUCAUCUUAAAGAAAUGAUUUCUACACCAGAAUCACAUGCUAUAGAUUUAUUAAAACGAAUAUUUUUAAUUGCAUCACGUCCAGAUAGACAAAAUGAUAGAGAAGAAGCAAAACGAAUUUUAAGAGAAGUAUUUAUACCACUAGAUUCUAAAAAAAUAUCAUUAUUAAUUGAUGUAACAGAAACAGAAUAUUUAGAAGCAAUUUCACAAUUAUUAGAUAAUUUUAAUUCAAUGCAAAUGCAACAAUUACAAGAGUAUUUACUUAAUCAAUUAGUAAGUGAUAAGUUUAAUAAAGUAAUAUUAAUAUUAAAAACAACAGCAAAAGACAUUACUACUAAAUCACGUAUUUGUUCUAAAUUAAGUUUAUUACUUAGUUAUAUUUCACAAGAAGAUAUUAUUCAAACAAAUAAUGUAUUAGAAUUAAUGGUUAUUGUUAUUCCAACAUUAAUUGUAAAUAAAGCUGAUGAAAUUGUUUUAAAAAAAAUAUCAUCAACAACAAUGAAUUUAACAUUUACCGCAACUAAUCCUUCAAUGAUUUCAUUAUCAGUUAAGUGUUUUAUUGAAACAGAAUUAAAGAAAAAUGAAAUUGAAAGAAUAGGAGAGUUUUGUGUUCAAUUUAUGAAUUUAUCACAAAAUAUACAAGUAAGACAAAGAGCAUUAAGUGUAUUAGCAGUAUUAUUUAGAAGUAUUGAUAUUAGUAAUACUAAUGCAUUAAAACAAUUAUUUCCAGCUGGAGAUAAACCUAUUCCAGUUGAAUUAUUUAAUAAAUUAUUACUUGUAAAAUCACAGACAAAUGUUGCACUUAUUUGCCAAAUGAAUGCAAUAUUUGGAUUAUUACAACAAUACCCAGGAUUAUAUAUUCAAUACGAAUCAAUUAAAAAUUAUUUUACUGUAUAUAUUUCUAAAACAUUACAAACAAAUCAUGAACAAUUAUGUGGUUCUACAUUAUCUUUAUUAAAUGACUUAUUUGAAGCUAUUUCAACAGAUGAAUUAUCUGUUUUACAAAUGACUCUUGCUCAACAACAUACAAAAGAGUUAAUUCCUUUAUUAAAAUCAACAAAUGCACUAAUUAGAUAUAGGGCAUUGACUUUAGCAUCUUCAAUUAUUAAAAAAGGAUUAAUUAAUCCAAUUGAAUUAAUAUCAUCACUAAUUGCAUUAGUUACUGAUAAAACACAAUUAACUUCUUCUAAUUCAAUUUCAUUAUUAAGACUAAUUGGAGAAAAACACAGUUCAUUAAUAUUAUGUCGUUUUAGUGAAGGAGUGACUGAAGGAUAUCAAUUAAGAGGAAAUGAACAUUUAUUAUCAAGAAUUCCACAUCCAUUAAGUUCAAUUUAUACUAUGUUUACUUUAACUCAACGUAAAAAUGUUAUAACAACAUUAACCAAAAGAUAUAUUGAUGCAUUAGAAAAUAUGAUAACAAUAAAAGAGAUUUAUCAACAAUUAUUUAUAUUAGAAACAUUAGUAUUAUUACAAUAUACUAAAAAUACGGAACUUGUUUUAAUUAUUCAACCUCUUAAACGAAUUAAUGGUACUGUUCUUCCUGAUAUUAGAGACAUUAUUAAAAAAAGACAAAAAAAUGGAAAAAAUAUUUCACCUGACCUUAUUGCUCAAUUAGUUGCAUGUGUAUUUACUACUGUUUGUACUAAAUUCUUGAUUGAUUAUUAUAACUUUAAUGAAGAAAGUUCAAGUGAUCCUUUAAAUGCACAAAUUGCUGAUUUACAAGAUGAAAAUAAUCCAUUCAUUAUUGCUGGAUUUAAAUAUUUAGAUAAAGUAUUUACUGAUGCACAAAUAUUUGGUGAAUAUUGGAAGUAUUCAAAGAAAAUUAUGGAUGGAGAAUAUUGUGCAUUUACUCCAUCAAAAAAAUAA